AUGGAAAAACAAAAGUUUUUAAAUAUUUUAGAAAGAGAAUUGAAAGAAUACGGAGAUGAUGAAAUGCUAUUAUGUUUUCAUAAAUUUUAUAAAUCUAUUGAAGAAAAUGAAAUGAACGUUGCUGAAAAGGUAUUCAGGGAAAUGAUUUAUCAAAUGAAAAAAUUCUUUAUAAUAUAUGAUAAAAGGAACAAAAGUGAUUUGAUUGAAAAAAUAAAGAAUUCUCUUAAAGAAGAAAGCAAUGAAGUUAAUAUAAUAAAUAUAGAAAAAGAAAAUGAUACAAAAGAUAAUAUAGUUGAUGAAGAUAUACAUUAUCUUAAUGAAGAAGGAAACAGAAAUAAGUUUAAUAAACAUAAAAAAUAUAAUAAUUUUAAAAAUCAUUAUUCUUUUUUAUCUACUGAUUUAUUUAAUGAUAUUAAUUUAAAAGAAUUAGAAAAAAAUGUGUAUAAUUUUGAUAUAUUUCAUUUAUACAAUAUAAAUAUUAAGACUAUAUUAGAGGAAAAAGAAGAAAAUACACUAGAUGAAAAGUGUUUUUAUGAAACUUUUCAAUAUUUUCUAAAUUUAUUAUGUUUAUUAUAUUUUUUUAAAAAUAUAUAUUUUGAUUUAAUUUAUAAAACAAAUGAAAAUUCCUAUUCAUUUCUUUUUAAAGGUUUUGAAGAAAGGAAAAAUAAGGUAAUAAACUAUUUUUUUCUUUUAAAAAAAUUAAGAAUAAAUGAGUUAAUAGAUAAUGAAAUCAUAAAAAUAUAUUGCAAUUUUUUUCAAUAUAUCUAUAUCAAUGAGUACCUAAUAAGAAACAUAUUUGAUAUUACGACAAACUCAUUUAUUUAUACAUGUGUUAAAAAUUUUCAAUCUAAAUAUAAAAUAGAUAUUGAUAAUGAAAAUAAUAAACUACAAUGUAUAAAGGAAAAAAAUGAUUCUGAAAAAACAUUUUGUGAUGAAUCUAGUCUUAAUAAUAUACUCAUAAAAAAUAUGAAUAAUGGUAAUAAUAAUAGCAAUAAUAACAAAUCAAAUAAUGAAUCAAUAGAAUGUAAAAAUAAAAUUGAUAAUGAACAUCAAGAAAAGAAUAAAGAAAUAGGAGAAUAUAAAAACAAGGAAUAUGAUAGAAAUUGUAUGAAUGAUACAUUAAUGUUAAGGAAAAUUAACCAAGAGGAUUUUUUGAAUAAAGAGUUAAAUAAUUUUUUUGUUUCUAAUAAUGCUAACAAAGUUAACAAAAAUUCAUUUAUAGAAAUAAUAUAUGAAAAUGAAAAUUAUGAAAAUAUAUAUUCUGAUGAAAUAAUUAAUUCCUUAUUUUACUUUUUUAAUAAUCCUUAUUUAAUUUUUACAUUUCAUAAAAAUGUGUUAUUUUAUAUAGAGAAAAAAAGCAAAGAUAAAACUUUUUUUCAAUCUAAUUCAAAAGCUCUUGCAUUAAUUAAAUAUUUAAAUCAUUCUGUUAUAACUAUUUCUAGAGUGUUUCACAUUUUUAUUUGUGCAGGGUUAUUUUUUAAUAAAAAUAUUAUGAAAUUAGAAUCUAAUAAAUAUUUAAAUUUCUAUAAAUUAUUAAAUUAUGGUAAUUUUCCAUAUAAUGAAAAUUACGAAAAUAAUAACAUAUAUGAUAAAAAUGAAAAGAAAAAAAAUUCAAUAAAUGUUAAUAGUUUAUUUAAUCAUGAAAUAAAUGUUUCAGAUUCUUAUGAUAAUAAUUCCUAUGAAGAAGUUUUGAAUAACCAAAAUGAAAAAAAUCCUAAUAAUUUAAAGGAUACCAAUUUUUAUGAAAUUGAUAUUAUAAAAUAUUUAAUGAAGUAUAAAGAUAAUGUUAGUAACUUUAGUCAAGGAGAAUUUAGUAAAGAGGAUUACAGUGAUAGUAAUGAUUAUGUAUCCGAUGAAAGUUAUGUAAUAGAUGAAAAUAAAAAUGAUAAAAGGGAAAAUAUACAAAGGGAUAAAAAUGAAAGGAAUGAAAGUGAAGAUGAAAUUCAUAAUAAAAAUAAUGAUAAGAAUAACGAAGAAUCUAAAAAAACAAAAAAAAUAUUUCAUAGAUUAUCAGAUGAAUAUAAUCUAAAUCAUGAUGCAUAUCAGAAGACUUACACUAAUAAAAGUAUUUUUAAUGAUAUAUUAGAAAAAGCAAAAACAAAAAAAGCCUUUUAUGAGUUUAUAAGCAAAAUAAAUAAAUUAAAAAAUUCUUUUGAUAUUAAUGAUAUAAAUAAAAAUAAAAGUAUAGAUACAUGUUAUAUAGAAAACAUAGAUACCAUAUCUUAUUUUAUAAGUAUAUAUAAUUCAGAUUAUAUUUUUCAAUUUGAUUAUUUCUUUUUAAAGUUUGUAGCAGAAAUAACAUCUACUUAUAACAAUUAUAUUAAAUCUUAUUUAAUGAAUUCUAAUGAUAUAAAAUCUAAAAAGGAAGAACUUGAUAAAACAAUAAACAGAUUAAAUAUUUUCUUGAAUGAAAUCAUAAAAUUAAUUUAUGUAUAUACUUGGUGUUUAUUAUAUAUAUUUGGACAUUCAUAUUCAUAUGUUAAAUAUGCAAAAUAUUUCUAUCAAAAAAGAUCUUUUUUUGUAUUAGAAAAUAAAGAUCAAUUCAUUUUUAAUAAUUUUAAUUAUUUUACACAAGAAGCUAGUAAUAGUAGUGAUUUAUAUAUGAAAAGUUUUUAUAAUCCAUCUAAUAUUGUUGAAAAUUUGAAAUAUAAUUAUGAAUUAAAAGAUAACAAAGAAGAAUUUGAAAAUUUUAAUUUUAACAACUUUCUUCAUAUAUACAAAAAAUCGUAUUUUCAAAAUAUAGUAGAUAAAUUACAUUUAAAUUUAAAGUUCAUAGAAAAUAUAUUAUUUACAAUGAACACAGUUUUCAAAAAUAAAAUAAAUAAAAAAAAAAACUUCAUAGAUUAUUUAUGUAUAAAGGAUCAGAAAUUAGAAGACAUUUAUAACUCAAUUGAAAAUUUAAAAAGCAACAUAAUUAAAUAUAAGAAAACUUUUCAUUAUUGCUUAAAUUUUAAUAACAUAAAAAAUGUUAUAAUCUUAGCAUUAGAAGAAAUGAAUAUGAGUUCUGAUAAAUUAGAAUUAAAUAAAUUAUUAAAUGAAUAUUUAAAUAAAUUAGAAAGCAAAGGCCAAUUGAAAAAAAAACAAAAAAAAAUAAAUGUAAAAAUAAUUAAUAAUAAUAUUAUUCUAGAUACUAACAAAAAAAAAAAAAAGGAUGAAGGGGAUAAUAUGGAUGAUGAUAUUAAUAAAAAUUACAUGUAUACUUAUAUGCAAAUGAAGAAAAUUUCAAAUAAUUUAAUUAAAAAAAAAAAAAGAACUCUUAAUAGAAAUAAUAGUGAUUCAAGUUCCGAAUGUAAAAGGAAUAAUAAAAAAAAAAAAACUUUUAAAAAAAAUGUAUCUUUUGAUAAUAAUUUAAUAGAAAAAAAUCAAAUUAGACUAAGAAAUAUAACCUUCUUUACAGAUAAUGAUUGUUAUAACAAGGAAGAAAUGAAUAAAAAUUGUAUUAAAAAUAUUAAUAAUUGCAGAUCUGUUAACCAUAACAAUAGUGAUUAUAAUAAGUUAGAAGUAUGUUCUGAUAAUGAUUCUUUAGAAAAUGAAAAUAAAUAUUAUGAUAGCAGUGAUUAUUAUAAUGAUAAUAAAAAUAAUAAUGGUAAUAAUAUAUGUGAUAAAAUUCGUUUUCAUGAGGUUGAUAACAAAAGUAUAUUUUAUAAAAACAAAAAUAAAAUUAAUGAAGAUGAUAAGAGUGACCUAUUUUUAAAUUGUGAGUAUAAUACAGAAAGAUUAACAUUCUUUUUUAAUUUAUUGAAUGGUAAUACUUUAUUCUAUUAUUUAUCAUUGCAUUUUUUAGUAAAAAAUGAGCAGAUCAUGGAAAUAUUACAUUUUCUUCCACUAAAAUAUUUACUUGAUUUGUUAGUUUUAUAUGAUUUAAAGGAUUAUAUAAAAUUUAAAACAAUUAUUAGAGUUUUUAGAAUUAUAUAUGAAUUUCAAGAUUUUUCACCUAUUUUAAAACAAGACACUUUUUUUAAUAAAAAUAAUUAUUCUUUAGGAUAUGCUGAUUUUAUGAAUUAUGAAUUUUCAUGUAAAUUUUUAACAAUUGAUGAAAAAAAUGAAGAUAAAAACGAUAUAAUGAAAAAAGAUAAUGAUGAUUAUAAUGAUAAAAAUACAUUUUUAUCUCAUAACAAAUCAAAGAAAAAUUAUCAAGACAAAGGGAAAAAAUUGAAUAUUUACGAUCAAAAUAUAAUGAAAGAAAAAAUUGUACCAUUUGAAAAUAAAAAAGAAGUAAAAGGAAACUUAAUGAAUAUUCUAAAAAGUACAUUUUCUGUUUUUAAUUUUUCUAAAACAUUAAAAAGUUAUCCUCUACUAUUAAAAGAUUUAUUAAAUAAAAUUUUAAUGAAUAAAAUAGGAAAAUGUAUUUCUUUAGGGGAUUGUGUGCCUAAUAAGGAAUAUAAUAAUAUAAAAAAUUAUUCUCUUAAUUUUAUUUACAAUAAUUUGCAAAAUAUAUCUUUUCAUUCUAACACCCAAUCUUAUAGUUAUAAAAUAAGCACAAAUGAACUUUAUAAUAUUAGUAUACAUAAUUUUAUUUUAUAUCAUUUAUAUGAAUUAGCUAUAAGAACAAAAGAACUUAUUAUAAAAAGUUCAUGUUUCAAAUUAAUUAAAUAUUUGUUAACUGAGUAUUAUUACUAUCCAGAUAUUUUUAAUGAAAAAUGUCAUGAAUUAAUUAAUUCAAAUAUAAAAUUAAAUGAUUUUUAUAUUAAAAAUGUCAUAUUAGAUUUUGUUUCAUUUAAUAUUAUGAUUUGCCAUCUACAAAAAGAAUUAACAUCAAAUUUAAAUGUUUUAAAUAAUUUAGAUUUAUUUAAUUAUUCUUUAAGAUCAAUAGCAAAUUAUUUAAUCGGAUAUCAAAAUAAUUCUUUUUUCUUUCUAAUAGAUAAAAAAAAAAUAAAAACAUUAUUAAUAAAAUUAACAUAUAUGAUUCCAUUUAUAUAUAAAUUAAAAAUUCCGGCUUGUGUUAUAAGGCUGUAUAUUCGUGUAAUUAAAUCAUUAGAUAAAGAAAUAUUAGACAUGAUAAAUAAUUUAAACAAAAUAGAUCUUAUUUAUGAUAGUUUAUUUUAUAUUAUUAUAAGCCACUUUAUUUAUUUUUUUUUAAAUUUGAAUAUUGAAUUGGAUGAAGAAGCUUCUAAUUUAUUAUCAUGCAAUUUUAAAAGUAGUUUUUCUCUUAGUUUAAACAAAAAAAAUAAUUUUAUUAAAAUCAUAAAUGAUCAAACUGAAGAAAAAGAGAAUUUAUCUUGUGAAAAUGAUAAAUUACACCAAAUUAAAAGAGAAGAACAAAGUAAUUAUUUACGUGUUGAUAAUGAAUAUAAUAUAGAUAAUGAUAAUAAUAAUAAUAAUGAUUCUAGUAGUAGUGAUAAUUUGGAUGAUAGUAAUGAUAAUGAAAGUAAUAACUCAGAAAAUUAUGAAAAUAAUAGUUACAGAAGUAAAGAUAAUUCAAAGGACGACAAUGAAUCAAAUAAAAAUAAGAGUAAUAUAAAUAUUAAUCCUAAUAAUUUCAGUAAAAUAUCUAAUGUUUUACAUUUGAGAAAAAUAAUAGUUGAAAAAAAUUCUUUUAAUCUAGAGAACAACUAUUUUAAAAGAAUACAGUGA